UCCAAACUAAAUAGAAAUGAGAUCGCCGCGGUUUGGUCUCUGUUUCCUCGUUUUAGCCUUGUUUUACACUAUACAUGGAAUUGAAGGUCAAUGUCCAGCAUUAGCGCCCGACAUGACUAUGACUAAAAAAGAUGGCUCUCGUCUGUACGGACAUGUUAUCAACUGGCUGUAUGCUCAAAAGGAGGUUCUUUGUAGACUCAAAUGCAAUAUGGUCGAAAGGUGUUUGACAUAUAAUUACGAGAUAGCAACUGAGAUCUGUGAAUUGAACGACGCUGACGACGAAAACGACCUUCAAGAGACUCAAGGUUUUGUCUACGUUGACAUUAAGAAACCAAGCAAAUCUCUGGGAUGCUUCCUGGACAAGGGUGUUGAUAAUAGUAGACCUUUUCCUCAACUUAUCGUAAACUACAGGGAGGCAAUUGACUGGCAUGACCUAAAGACUUCUGUCAUCGACAAGUGUGCUAAAAAGACCAAAGAACGUGGAUACACAUAUUUUGGAAUCCAGUUUUACGGUGAAUGUUGGAGUGGCCCUGAUGAUGAUGUACAAUACGACAGAGACGGUCCGUCCACAGACUGCCGGAAUGGUGUUGGUGAAGAAAAGUCUUUUAUGGUCUACCAAGUACCUGGUUUGAAGCAGAAAAAGGUCAUGUAAUUUGUUGAAUGGACUUGCUGAAUAAACGUGCUUGCCUCACCUGUUAAGUUGUAUCUGUUUUUUUUA